AUGUCUUUUCAUAAUCCAAUUUCCCCAUCUUUUGAAAAACUUGGUACAAACCUUGUUACCUUAGAAACCCAAGAAGGUAUCGCAAUUCAAGGUUAUUCUUUUGGUGCUAAUGUGCCAGCCGCUGGUGAAUUAGUCUUCCAAACCGGUAUGGUUGGUUACCCAGAAUCAAUCACUGAUCCUUCUUACGAAGGUCAAAUCCUAGUCAUUACUUACCCUCUUGUUGGUAAUUAUGGUGUCCCAGAUAGAAAAUUAAUGGACGAUGUUGUUAAAUCUCUUCCAAAAUAUUUUGAAUCAAAUAAAAUACAUGUCGCAGGUUUAGUUGUUGCUCAUUAUACCGAAGAAUAUUCUCAUUACUUGGCAACUUCCUCUUUAGGUUCUUGGUUAAAGGAACAGGGUAUUCCAGCCAUUUAUGGUGUUGAUACCAGAUCUCUAACUAAGAGAUUAAGAGAAAAAGGUUCUACCUUAGGUAGAUUCUGUUUAAAGAAGGAAUCUAUUGAUGUUGAUGCAGCCCUCAGUGAUGCUGAUUGGAAAAAGAAUUUUGAAAUUCCGGAAUGGGUCAAUCCAAACACUCAGAACCUGGUGGCAAAAGUUUCUACUAAAGAACCGGUUAUAUAUGAGCCUCCAAAAGAAUUGGCUAAAUUAGGUCCAGAUGGUAAGGUUAUCAGAAUUGUUGCCGUUGAUGUGGGUAUGAAGUACAACCAAAUUAGAUGUUUUGUCAACAGAGGUGUUUCCUUAAAGGUCGUUCCUUGGAACUACGAUUUCACUAAGGAAGAAUAUGAUGGUUUGUUCAUCUCUAACGGUCCAGGUGAUCCUUCCGUUAUGACUGAUGUUGUUGAGAAAUUGAAGGUUUCCUUAGAAGAAGCAAAAACACCAAUCUUUGGUAUUUGUCUAGGUCACCAAUUGAUGGCAAGAGCUUCUGGUGCUAGUACCUUAAAGCUUAAAUUUGGUAACAGAGGUCACAAUAUUCCCUGUACUUCCACUGUUUCAGGUAGAUGUUAUAUUACCUCACAAAAUCACGGUUAUGCUGUUGAUGCUAAUACCUUACAAUCUGGAUGGAAAGAGCUAUUUGUGAAUUCUAAUGAUGGUUCAAAUGAAGGUAUUUACAAUACUGAAAAGCCUUUCUUCUCUGUUCAAUUUCAUCCUGAAUCUACACCAGGUCCAAGGGACACUGAGUUCUUAUUUGACACAUUUAUUCAAGCCGUUAUUGACUUUAAGAAGUCGAAGAUUUUGAGAGCAGUUGAGUUUCCAGGUGGAUUGAAGGAAGAAAAUGAAAAAUUGCAUCCUAGAUUGAAGCCUAAGAAAGUCUUGGUUCUAGGUUCUGGUGGUCUCUCUAUUGGUCAAGCUGGUGAAUUCGAUUAUUCUGGCUCUCAAGCUAUCAAAGCUUUAAAAGAAGAAGGCAUCUACACUAUCUUGGUUAAUCCAAAUAUUGCUACCAUUCAAACUUCUAAAGGUCUAGCUGAUAAGGUUUAUUUCUUACCAGUUACACCUGAGUUCGUCAGAAAGAUCAUCAAACAAGAAAGACCAGAUGCCAUUUACUGUACCUUUGGUGGUCAAACCGCUUUGAACGUCGGUAUUAAAUUAAAGGAUGAGUUUGAAUCCUUGGGUGUUAAAGUUUUAGGUACCCCAAUCGAUACCGUCAUCACAACUGAAGAUAGAGAGUUAUUCGCUAGAGCGAUGGACGAGAUCAAUGAAAAGUGUGCAAAGUCUGAAACUGCUUCCAAUAUUGAUGAAGCUUUAGCUGCAGUUGAAAAGAUUGGUUUCCCUGUUAUUGUUAGAGCUGCUUAUGCACUAGGUGGUCUAGGUUCUGGUUUUGCAGAUAACAAGGAGGAAUUAAUUGAGCUUUGUAAUAAGGCUUUUGCUGCUUCUCCUCAAGUUUUAGUUGAAAAAUCUAUGAAGGGCUGGAAAGAAGUUGAGUAUGAAGUUGUUCGUGAUGCUUACGACAAUUGUAUUACCGUUUGUAAUAUGGAGAAUUUCGAUCCUCUUGGUAUUCACACUGGUGAUUCCAUUGUUGUUGCGCCAUCCCAAACUUUGUCUGAUGAAGAUUACAACAUGUUAAGAACCACUGCUGUGAACGUUAUUAGACACUUGGGUGUUGUUGGUGAAUGUAACAUUCAGUAUGCCCUUAACCCACAUUCCAAAGAAUACUGUAUUAUUGAAGUCAAUGCAAGAUUAUCUAGAUCUUCCGCUUUAGCAUCAAAGGCCACAGGAUACCCACUAGCUUAUACUGCAGCAAAAUUGGGUUUGAAUAUUCCUUUAAAUGAAAUCAAGAAUUCUGUCACUAAAGUCACAUGUGCAUGUUUUGAACCAUCUCUAGACUACUGUGUAGUUAAGAUUCCAAGGUGGGAUUUGAAGAAGUUCACCAGAGUCUCCCCAUUGUUAUCUUCCUCUAUGAAGUCCGUUGGUGAAGUUAUGUCCAUUGGUAGAACAUUUGAAGAAGCUAUCCAAAAAGCAAUCAGAUCAACCGAUUACCAAAACUUAGGUUUUAACGCUACCGAAGCUUUAAUGAGUAUUGAUAUUGACUCUGAGUUACAAACACCUUCCGACCAAAGAUUAUUUGCUAUUGCUAACGCCAUGUCUACUGGUUAUGACGUUGAAAAGAUUCACAGAAUGACCAAUAUCGAUAGAUGGUUCUUAAACAAAUUGUAUGGCCUAAUCAAGUUUGGUGAUUACAUUGCUUCUUUUGGCACUAAGGAACAGUUGCCUAUCAAGGUUUUAAAAGAAGCCAAGCAAUUAGGCUUUGAAGAUAGACAGAUUGCCAAGUUCUUGAACUCUAACGAAGUUGCAAUUAGAAGAUUAAGAAAGGAUGCAGGUAUUAUCCCAGUUGUCAAACAAAUUGAUACCGUUGCAGCAGAAUUCCCAGCAUUUACCAACUAUUUGUACAUUACCUACAACGGUCAAGAUUCGGAUGUUGAUUUCAACGAUCAUGGUGUUAUGGUCCUCGGUUCUGGUGUUUACAGAAUUGGUUCUUCUGUUGAAUUUGAUUGGUGUGCUGUCACUGCAAUCAGAACUUUAAGGAAGAAUGGUUUCAAAACUAUCAUGGUCAACUAUAACCCAGAAACUGUUUCUACCGAUUAUGACGAAGCUGACAGAUUGUACUUUGAAACCAUCAAUCUUGAAAGAGUUUUGGAUAUCUAUGAGAUUGAAAACUCCGCCGGUGUUGUUGUCUCUAUGGGUGGUCAAACUUCUAAUAACAUUGCAUUACAACUACAAAGACAAAACCUAAAGGUCUUAGGUACUUCCCCUGCUAUGAUUGAUUCUGCGGAAAACAGAUAUAAGUUCUCCAGAAUGUUGGAUAAUAUUGGGGUUGACCAACCUGCAUGGAAAGAAUUAACUUCCUUAAAGGAAGCUGAAGAAUUUGCAGAGAAGGUUUCUUACCCUGUCUUAGUUAGACCAUCUUAUGUUUUGUCUGGUGCUGCGAUGAACACCGUUUACUCCAGAGACGAUUUGGAAUCUUAUCUUUCCCAAGCUGUCGAAGUCUCUCCAGACUAUCCUGUCGUUAUCACCAAAUAUAUUGAAAAUGCUAAAGAAAUCGAAAUGGAUGCUGUUGCUAAGGAUGGUAAAUUGAUCAUGCAUGUUGUUGCUGAGCAUGUUGAGAAUGCAGGUGUCCACUCUGGUGAUGCUACUUUGAUUGUUCCACCUCAAGAUUUGGCACCAGAAACUGUCAAGAGAAUUGUUGAAGCAACAGCAAAGAUUGGUAAAGCUCUUGAUGUCACUGGUCCUUUCAACAUCCAGUUUAUUGCUAAGAAUAACGAAAUCAAGGUUAUUGAAUGUAACGUUAGAGCCUCUAGAUCCUUCCCCUUCAAUUCCAAGGUUGUUGGUACUAACAUGAUUGAAAUGGCAACCAUGGCUAUUAUGGAUCUUCCAUUAACCCCAUAUCCAGGUCAAAAGCUACCAGAUGAUUAUUGUGCUGUUAAGGUUCCACAAUUCUCUUUCUCCAGGUUGUCAGGCGCUGAUCCUGUUUUAGGUGUGGAGAUGGCAUCUACAGGUGAAGUUGCAUGUUUUGGUCACAACAAGUAUGAAGCAUAUCUGAAGGCUUUGAUUUCUACGGGUUUCCAAUUACCUAGGAAGAACAUUUUAUUAUCCAUUGGUUCUUACAAAGAAAAGCAAGAACUAUUACCAGCUAUCAGAAAGUUAGCACAAUUGGGUUAUAAUUUGUUUGCUACCUCUGGUACAGCAGAUUUCAUCCAAGAACACGGUGUUCCAGUUAAAUACUUGGAAUUGUUAAAUGAAGAGGAAGAAUCACAAAAGGCUGAAUAUUCCCUAACACAGCACUUAGCAAACAACUUGAUUGAUUUGUAUAUUAACUUACCAUCUGCAAAUAGAUUUAGAAGACCUUCUUCUUAUGUCUCUAAGGGUUACACUACCAGAAGAAUGGCAGUUGAUUUCCAGAUUCCGUUAGUUACAAAUGUUAAGUGUGCUAAGAUUUUGAUCGAAGCUAUAGCUCGGAACGAGCCACUUGAAGCAGAAGAAAUUGAUGCGCAAACUUCCCACACUACCGUGCAAUUACCUGGUUUAGUUUCUAUUGGCACCUAUGUCCCAACAUUAGGUGAACAUGGUGCAGCUGCUUUUGAAGCUACUACAAAAGCUGCUGUAGCUUCUGGAUUUGUUUUCAACUCUAUUAUUCCAAUUACUAGUGAUGGUGCUGCUAUUGUUGAUGCCAGGACUUUAACAAGGGCAACAGAAAUCAUUAAUGGCAACGCAUAUUCCGACUAUUCCUUGUGUGUUGCCGCAACUGAGACCAAUGCACAACUUCUCCAACAAGUUAGUGCGCAAACCUCUGCAUUAUAUAUCAAUGCAGCUGACUUUGAUACCUCAUUCAUUCCUUCAUUGUCGUCCCAUUUCAACAACUGGCCUUCUAACAAACCUAUUAUAGUUGACGCAAAGUCUACUUCUCUUGCUUCUUUAUUGUUAUUGGCUUCAUUGUUCAACGCUAAGAUUCACGUUACCAAUGUUACAGACAAGAAUGAUUUAGCAUUGAUCUCAAUGUCAAAGCAAAAGAACAUGAAGAUUACAUGUGAUACUGCCAUUUAUUCCUUAUUUUUCUCCCAAGCUGAUUAUCCAGGUGCAAGUUUCUUACCAACUAAAGAGGACCAGAAAGCUCUAUGGGACAAUUUAGAAUCCAUUGAUUGUUUAUCGGUCGGCACAACUCCAUACAAGUUAGCACAGCACUUGGGUGAGGAGAUUACUCCAGGUAUUGGUUUUGCAGAUUCUAUUCCGUUGUUAAUCUCAGCCGUUUCUAAGCACAAGAUAACCAUUAAUGAUAUUGUAUCUAAGUUACAUGAAAACCCAAUCAGCAUCCUUGGUUUAAGUGACUCUGAAUCCUUGAUUGAUGUUAAUGUUGAUAGAAAACCAUCUACCUUAAAGUCUCCUGUUAAAGUUUGGACUCCUGUCAAGGAUGUUGAUGGUUCAGUUGAAAGAGUUUACAUGAAUAACCAGACUGUUUCUUUGGAAGGUGAAUUUGUUGUUACUGAACCCCUAGGAAGAGAAAGUACUGCAUUGCAUACAGCAUCAAUCUCUAACGAAUUUGCAAUUGAAGCCGGCGUUGCAACUACUGCAGCUGCUACUCCACGUACUAGAAGAGGCUCGAAAUUUUCUUUUGACAGCAACAGAAGACGCUCUUUAAUUGACUCACUGAAGGACGGCGAAGAAGAAGAUUCUCCAUCCGGUGCUGAUUUAGUUUCUUUCAUGCCACCAAAAGAAUUGUCUCCUCCUAACGCUAUCUCAACCUACAUUAAGGGUCACAACCCAUUCUUGAGAAAAAACAUUCUUUCUGUGUCUCAAAUUGGCAGAAGGGAGCUUCAUGCGCUCUUCACGGUUGCACAAGAGAUGAGAUUAGCGGUUGAAAGAGAAGGUGUGCUUGACAUUCUGAAGGGCAGAGUUUUAACGAACGCCUUUUUUGAACCAUCUACUAGAACAUCCUCUUCCUUCAAUGCUGCAAUGCAAAGAUUAGGUGGUAGGGUAGUCUCAAUUAGUGAACAAGGUUCUUCUGUUAAGAAAGGAGAAACUUUACAAGAUACUAUCAGAACCAUGGCAUGUUAUUCAGAUGCGAUUGUUUUGAGACAUCCAGAUGAAGAAUCAGCAGAAAUUGCUGAUAAGUACUCUCCAAUUCCUGUUAUCAAUGGUGGUAACGGAUCCAGAGAGCAUCCAACACAAGCGCUAUUAGACUUGUUUACUAUCAGAGAAGAAUUGGGUACGGUCAACGGUAUUACCGUCACCUUUAUGGGUGAUCUCAAAUACGGCAGACCAGUUCACUCCUUGUGCAAAUUGUUGAGACAGUACCAAGUUAAGAUCUACCUUGUUGCGCCUGAAGAGUUGAGACUACCAGAAAAUCUGAGAGAUAUGUUAAGAGAAUCAGGUAUGCUACUCGGUGAAAGUACUGAAUUGACCCCAGAAAUUGUGUCCAAGUCUGAUGUACUAUAUUGUACCAGAAUCCAACAAGAAAGAUUCAAAGAUCCAGAACAAUAUCUAAAAUUAAAGGGUUCCUACCAAAUCAAUAACAAGGUUUUAAGUAACGCAAAACAACACAUGUGUGUAAUGCACCCACUACCAAGAGUUGAUGAAAUUAAUGAAGAGGUCGAUUUCGAUCAAAGGGCUGCUUAUUUCAGACAAAUGAGAUAUGGCUUAUUUGUCAGGAUGGCUAUCCUAGCAAUGGUUAUUGGUGUUGAAUUCUAA